GUAAAAUAUUUACUGGGAAAAUGAACUGUGAAAUAUGUCUUGAAGAAUACGAUGCUGAUAAUAAGCUUCCAAAAAUUCUAAGUCAGUGAGGCCAUUCCUUCUGAGAUACCUGAAUACUAAGGAUGUGGAAAAAUGGCAAGAUAAUAUGCCCAAAUUGCAAUUCAGAGAAUCUUGUUGCUGGGAUGAAGGAUCUACCCCAUACAAACUUUUCUCUACUUAAGUUAAUGCAAGGGAUCAAGAUGAAGAAAGGAUAUGAGAAAAUAGCGGAUAAGUACAAAGUAGUCAAUGUUGAUAACAUUCUCAAAAUCAAAGAAUUCAUUGAUAGAGAAAGUAAUCCAAAAGUGCUCAUCCUUCAUGGGCUAUAUGGAAGCGAAACAAUGUACAAAGAAGAGAUCUUUGAUGAUUCUAUUGAACCCAGAAUGUACUCUGUCAACUCUAAUUCAUUCCUUAUCAAUUAUCUAGGUCUCAAUAUAGAGACUUCGAACAUAUGGGCUUUGAGAAAAUAUAAAACUUGAUCUCAUAAGUUUUCCUGAUGCGAGAACUUAGGUAGAAAUUCUUCCUGGAGUUCUGUAACCUAUGGCUUCUUCAGACCUUUCAUCCAACUUGCAACUAAAUACCUCACAAAAAGAUGGAAAGGAGGUGAAAGUGAUGACCCUGUUAAGACAAUAUUCGACUCAAAAUACUUCUUCAUCGCUGAGAUAUCCUUCGUCGUACUCAUAAGUUUAGUCCAGUCAUACUCUUGUUUCUCAGCUCUGCUAAAUCUGAAGAAAAAGGAUCAUGAGGAGGAAUAAUUGGCAAGGAAAUUCUUAUAUUCAAUCUAAAUA